AUGAACAUAACACAGGGUGUGGCGGCCAGUCAGAGAAGAAAAGGUCUCUUGGAGUUUCUGAGGAAGAUAAAGGAAGAGAAAGUGCCGGGGAUAGAUGAGAAGAUAACAAAAAAGAAGACUGAAAAUGAAAGGACAUGUGAAUCCCAAAUAAAAAAAGUAAAGAAGCAUUUUGACGACGUCAUAUCCAAGUUAACAGAUAUCAGGAAACGUAAAGAGGAAGAAUUGAAAAGCAAUCUGCUUUCUGAAACAGAUGCUUGUACACCAGACUCGGACAGUCGAUAUUUAGUAAAACACUUGACACUGACCGGUGAUGUCAUUCAGGAGUACGAGUACCAAGAGGACGGUGAAACCAGACUGUUUAUAGCACCGAUCAGACUCUGUCAGAACAAUAAUACUGAUACCUGUGUUGUGAACAUGACAAGUGACGAUACAGGUGAGAUAGUGAUUGUAUCUCUCUCUGGUCACCUGCGAUCUGGCUAUCGUGGACAGAACCUGAAGGAGAACUUCUUUCCAUUUGACUUGGUGUGUGACUCCACAUGUAACGUUCUCGUUAUUGAUCCAGCCAACAGUCUUAUCCAUUUGUUGAGUCCGGAAGGGGAGUUUUUGAAAUUCUUAUUGACAGAAAAAGAAGUAACAGAACCAGUGGCAUUAUCACAGCACAAGUCUACACUGUGGGUGGAAACUGGUGAAGGAAUUUGGUUUGACAUCAUCCACACUGAAGAGCUAAUGCCUACAGAGGCUAAAACCCAGCAUGUCCAGCUGCUGCCAUACAGCAACAUAGCAGCAUUUAGCAGCAACAGAAACACAGCCACUGGUUCUGGUAGCAACACAGUAGAUUUCCAUAAGAUGCUCCACAGCACAUAA